AUGGUAUCUACUGCAGCAGGCAUGAGCAGUUCCUGUGUGACAUUGGCUGAGGUCCUGUGGGCAAAAGGAAGCUCUCUGGAGGAAGAAGAAAUAUGGGCACUCCUGCACCUGUCCACAAGGCAGCUUCUGGAGGAUCUUCACAGAGACCCUGCCAUCUGUGUGAUUUGCCCGUGGUCAGUACUACUGUCUGUUGAAGGAAAUUUGUUUUUCCAAAACCAUGCAUCUCAGACAGAAGCUGCCCCUUUCAGUGCACCAGAAUUGCUCCACCGCCCAAGUAAAAACCAGCACUUUGGACUAACAAAGAUGCUGGUGUAUUCCUUAGGAAUGACCCUCUAUUGGUCAGCAGAUUACCAGGUUCCUCCAAACCAGUCCCUCCAGCUGAGUGACCAACUACAUACACUCUUGCUGACACUGUGUGAAGAUCUGCCUCAUAGAAGACUUUCUCCUGAAUCCAUUCUGGAAGCAUGCGAAGCACAUCAGAAGGAAUCUGCUUCCUUACCAGCAAAAUUCUACAUAAAGAGAAUGGUUCAGUUUGCAGUGGGAAGUGUCAGUGAGACGGAGCAGGUGGUCACUGAAGACAGCACAGCCUCCCAGCUCAACAGAAGUCACGUGAUAAGGAAAAGACUGCAUGAAAAAAUAUCGGACACCUCAACACUGGCAUCCCAGAUGAAUUUCCACCAAGGAAGAGUUCCAGAGACACACAGAUCAUGUGACACCACACUUAGUGGAUCAAGGACAGAAAGCAGCUACAAGCUCUUCAUAAACAGUGCUUAUACUGAUUUCUCUCACUCGUGUCAGUCAUACCCAGCCCUGCACCACCACUGUACUGGAGAGUUGCAGUUUUCAGGUCCAGAAUUUGUUAUUUUGUCUAGUGAGCCACCAGUGACCUUACAGCUGCCUGGAUCAAUUGUGACUAAAAAAGGGAAAUCCUAUUUGUCCCAAAGGGAUCUCAAUGUGAUUCUACUCAAUGGGCAGUGCCUUGAGGUGCAAUGUGACAUCAAGACCAAGGCAAGAGAUGUUUUCAACACUGUGGUGGCAUAUGCAAACUUGGUGGAACAUUUCUACUUUGGCUUGGCUUACCUGAAAGGUAAAGAAUUCUUCUUUUUGGAUGAGGACACCAAACUCUACAAAGUGGCCCCAGAUGGCUGGAAUGACCAACCCAAGAAGAAAAUGUCCAUCAUUAAUUUCACUCUCUUUAUAAGGAUAAAAUUCUUUGUCAACCACUUUAAUGUUAUUCAGCAUGGCUUGACAAGGCAUCAGUUUUACCUGCAGCUUCGUAAAGAUAUUUUGGAGGAGCGAUUAUAUUGCAGUGAUGAGACUGCCCUGAAACUCGGCGCUUUGGCUUUACAGGCAGAGCUUGGCAAUUAUGCUUCUGAGAUGCAUGGGAAGAGCUAUUUUCGUGUUGAAGACUACGUCCCAGCCAGUCGAAUAGAGAAAAUGACCCUGGCAUACGUACAGCGAGAGCUUGCUAAAUUACAUCGCAUGAAUCGCUCCCUAUUUGAGGAUGAAGCUGAACUGGAGUUUUUAAAGGUGACUCAGCAGCUUCCUGAAUAUGGAGUGUUAUUCUAUCGUGUGUCCCAAGAGAAGAAAGGGACAGAAGGGGACAUCAUCCUGGGAAUCUGUGCCAAAGGCAUCAUCGUCUAUGAGAACAAAAAUCACACAAGAAUUGCCAGUUUAAGAUUUCAGUGGCGUGAAACAGAGAGAAUUUCAGCUCAUAGAAAAAAAUUCAUGAUUGAAAGCAGUUUCAGUGGUAAGAAACAUACCUUCAUUACUGAUACAGCAAAGACAUGUAAAUACCUACUGGACCUCUGCUCUGCCCAGCACAAAUUCAAUGCACAGAUGAAUUCUAGGCAACUUCGUCAAACCUCAUCAGAGGACAGUAAAUUUGUGGAAAUCGACAAAUCAAAUUCUGCGUAUGCAGCUCAGCGUGAACACCUUGCCCUUAUUCAGAGACUGUCUCGCUCAGAGAAUGUGCUCUAUGGCACAAACCUGGAAAACCUUUCUGCUGGGAUGAUGAGCAAAUCUUGUGAUAACCUCAGCGUGGAAACCAACAAUAGGACUAGACACAAAAGCAACCUUGGCAGGUCUCUAUCAGGGCUAUCCCAGUCAGAAAUGCACAUCAAUUUGAAUGGAAAGCAAAGGAGUUAUGAUUUUCUCUCUAUCCAUUCAACUCAGAACACCAUCAGUGCACCUGGAUCACCAGCCACCCAAAAGGAAGUUUUGCUAAGUGGUCUAGAAAGAGAAAUCAUAUGUGUCAGCCUAAAACGUGACCCUAAGAAUGGAUUUGGUUUUGUAAUUAUUGGAGGAGAAAAUGUAGGAAAAUUAGACCUCGGUAUCUUUAUCGCUUCAAUUAUUCCUGGGGGACCUGCAGACAGAGCUGGAAAUAUCAAACCAGGAGGACGACUCAUCUCUGUGAAUAAUAUCAGUCUGGAGGGUGUUUCAUUUAAUACUGCAGUUAAAAUCAUACAGAACUCUCCUGAUGAAGUGGAGCUCAUCAUCUCUCAACCCAAAGACAUGUAUGAAGAAGGAUUAAAUGAAGAAAAGAAUCUAUCAAGAGGAAACAGCACUAGUGGAUCUGAGAUCUCUUGUGUAGACAGUGGGAGAAAAAAGAUUCAGGAUUGUCAUACAGCUCUCCCCAAAGAACAGGACACAAAUACAGAACUUGAGAAAACUCUCCCUUGGAAUUUAGCAUCAAAAUUGGGCCCUAGGAUUCCAGCUCCUUCAGCUAAUAGCCUGGAUAUAGAGGCAGCUGAUUCUUCCCACUUACCAUCUCCAUCAGAAACCAACUCAAAGGAAGUCUACACGGUGGAGCUUCUUAAAGAAGAUGGGACUUUUGGAAUCAGUGUGACUGGUGGAAUUAACACCAGUGUGCGUCAUGGUGGGAUAUAUGUGAAGUCAAUUAUUCCCAGGGGACCAGCAGAUAAGGAUGGACAAAUAAAGAUAGGUGAUCGUCUGCUGGAAGUAGAUGGCAUCAGCCUCUGUGGCAUCACCCACAAACAGGCUGUGGAACACCUUAAGAAAUCUGGACAGAUUGCCAGACUGGUUCUAGAAAGGGGAAACUACCAAUUCACAGAGCCUUGUCAGACUGCUAAUGACAGAAAGGAGGACCAAUGUGCAGUUGUUUCUGUGGCAACAUCCCUCACAGAUGGCACCAAGGACUGCUGCUUUUUGACAGAUGAUAACACAUUUGAAGUGAAAUUAACCAAGAAUUCUGGAGGCCUUGGAUUUAGUGUUCUGCAGAUGGAAGGAGAUGCUUGUGAACACCUUGGAGGAGCUAUUGUCAGGAUCAAAAGACUGUUUCCAGGGCAGCCAGCGGAAGAGAAUGGAGAAAUUGAAGUUGGAGAUGUCAUUUUAGCUGUGAAUGGGAAACCUCUCAAAGGGCUCCUGUAUCAGGAUGUCCUGCACUUGUUAAGAGGAGCUCCUCAAGAAGUUACACUGCUACUUUGCAGACCACCAAAAGGUGUUCUUCCAGAAAUAGAGCCAAUUGCCAUGACUCCAGCACCAUCUCCAAUUAAGGACUUUGUGGCAGAAAUGCCAGGCAGCACAGGGGCAGGAAACAGCAUGGAUCAAUCUACCAGUGAUGGAAGUAGCACCUCUCCAGACCUCGAAGACUGCCUUGAUUCUCCAGUGGGAGAAGAUUUCAGUGAGCCUCCUGAGGAUGACAGCUCAGCUUACGAAGAGCAGGAAGCUGAGUUUCAAGAGAAACCCAUACAGAAACUCCCAACUUCCAGAGAAAGUUUCUAUAAGCAUCUUUGGAAGAUUCAUCAAGAAGCUUCCAGUUCUGAAGUCUUCCACUCUCUAGAGGAGGAAGUGAAGCAGAACUGCUACUCACCAUGUGAGUUUGGGCAGGCCAAAAGCCACGUAUUUAAUAAGAGUCAUGAUGACCUAUUGAACACAAAAUGUAUGCCUGAAACUCUCUCUCUAACCCCUAUUGAUGAAGAGUAUCUCACUGUCAGCUCAAUGUCUGUGACCUCCCUUCCACGAGGAGGAAGCUCCAAGACAGUCUCUGCAACCCCACAGCCACGUGUUUGUGGUCCCUCAUCACCAUCCCUGCCUGCCAGAGAGACACAUGACAGUGACAAUGAAUGGGAAGACUUGGAGGAACCCGAGGAAGAGAAGGAAGAAAAUGAAGAGUGCAUUCAGGAAAUGGAGAUCUUUGUGACUUUGACAAAGUCAGAGAACAAUGGUUAUGGAUUCUCUGUAGUUCUUAACAAAAUCGACACCUGCCUGUAUGUUGAUGAAAUCUUGAAUGAUCCUGCCCUUUCUGAUGGAAGAUUGAGAAGGGGAGACAGAAUCAUUAUGGUGAAUGGAAUUGAUGUCACAUCUUUGCCAUGCAAUGAAGUCCUGACUUUACUGCAAAGCUCUCCUCCAGAUCUGCACCUUGUGGUUGGCCGUGCCGACAGUGACCCACGUCCCUCAGUUAGGCCAGAGGACAUUCCUGAAAUUACUCUCACAAAGGGUGCUGAUGGACAGCUAGGCUUGAAGCUGACAGGAGGAGCUGGAAGCACAUUACAAGGUAUUUAUGUGCUAGACAUAGUGCCUGGCUCUCCUGCCAGUGUGGAAGGCAGUUUGCAGCCACGAGAUCAGAUUGUUUACAUCUGUGGACUGUGCACUGAGGGCAUUAGCCUGGAUGAUGCAGUGAGAGUGUGUGAAGCUGCCACCCAGAAUGUUCAAAUCAAAGCCACAAGAAAUGGCAAUCCAGUGGUUCCUAUAGAGCAGGAAAAUAGUAAGUAA